AUGCCACCCACCCGCCAGGCCUGUCACGCCGUCCGACGCGCCGUACUUUACCGUGCCACGACACCUACCCGGCCUACCUCCCUUCACCCACCAUACCGUCCCGAAGCAGGCCGCCGUGAACUUCGCUCGCUACACCAUCUCGGCCCUUGUCAUCUUGCGUCGUCGUCGUCGUCGUCGUCGCGAGGGCUGCCCGCAGUGCGAAGGAAAAGAAAGCGCCGCGACCCCGCGCGUCCUCUUUUGCAGCCAGCUCGCAUCUUUCAAGGGCCUUUGUUUCCCAGCCGUCGUGCCCACUGGUCUGCACCUCCGCGAACCCCCUCUGUUCACAGCAUACCUACCAGGGAGCCUCGACCAACUGCCCACCUGCCUCGCACCAGACCAGGCAGUCUCUCUUGA